AACAAACAUACUUAGGCGAAGCCAAUAUUUUUUUCAAUCACGGUUGGAUACAUUUAGACAACAUCUUCAAGCACAAAAAACGCAGUAGAAAUCGCCUUCAAAACCUUCUUUUAGUCCAGCCCCUUCUCAGAAUUCUGCCUGCCGAAUCGGGUGCGUCAUGGUUUGUGUCAGAGAAGCAGAGGCGGCUGGUUCCUCUUUUAACCGAAGCUCGGACUGAAACCCGGAACUGGUUUUGGGAAGGCCGUUUCCUUUUAACGUGUAGGGGUGGGGUUGGCUUUCUUCUUUCCGCAGCAAAUCUAGUGCGGCAUGGCGUCGGUAGGCAUGCCUGACCCGAGCUUCUUGUGGGGAGUCUUCCAAAGGGUUGAUAAAGACCGUAGUGGUAUCAUCUCAGACACCGAGCUCCAACAAGCACUUUCAAACGGAACAUGGACUCCAUUUAAUCCAGCAACUGUAAGAUCUAUUUUAUCUAUGUUUGACAGAGAAAACAAAGGUGGUGUAAACUUCAAUGAAUUCACAGGAGUGUGGAAAUACAUCUCUGACUGGCAGAAUGUUUUUCGCAGAUAUGAUAGAGACAACUCUGGAAUGAUUGACAAACAUGAAUUAAAGCAAGCCCUAACAGGUUUUGGAUACCGACUGACUGACCAGUUCUACGAUCUCUUGAUUCAAAAAUUUGAUAGGCAAAGAAGAGGGCAAGUGGCUUUUGAUGACUUCAUUCAGUGCUGUGUUGUACUGCAGAAAUGGACAGAUGUCUUCAGACGCUAUGAUACUGAUCAGGAUGGCUGGAUACAAGUGUCUUAUGAACAAUACCUUUCUAUGGUUUUCACUGUUGUAUGACAGUAAAUAUUGUGUGUGAUUGAGGAAUAGAACUUGCAUACAGGUAGUAUUUACUUACAACUAUAAUUGAGCCAAAAUUUCUGUAGGUAGGCAAGGCAGUUAUAAAAUUAAUUGUUCCCCAUUUUUUACUUUUUUUACAAUCACUGCGGUUGUUAAGUGAAUCUUGUAGUCAUUAAAUGAAUGUGCCUCCUCAUUGACUUUUAUUGUUGGAAGCCAUUUUGGAAAGUUACAAAUGGUCAUCACAUGACCCCAAGAAAAUGCAGCUGUCUUAAAUACAUGCCAAUUGCCAAGUGCCCAAAGUUUGUCUCAUGGAGAUGCUGCCCAGUCACUAAACAAAUGGUUGUAGGUCAAGGACCACCUGUACAAGAAAAAUAGAUUACUUUCCUCCAUACAACACAAUAAGUUUAAAAAUACAUUGCUUAAAUAUUCUGUUACUCAUUGCAAAAGGUGCUAUAGCUACUAGAUUCUGCAUUGUAUCAUGUAUAUUUUAUUGCUGGAAGUUAUUUUUAAAUGCCAAACAGUAGAAUUCUUAUUCAGAUUUGCACACUACUGCAUGUCUCUUUUUAACAUGUAAAACAAAAAACAAAUGAAGCAUAUAUCCUGUAUCUUCACAGAAAUAAUGACCUUAAACAUGCCAGAUGUCAAGAUAACUAAUUUGUAUUUUUCUCCCCUUUAGAUUAGGUUUCAUCUGCUUGUAUCGUUUAUCAUUUAAAAAAAAGAAAUUAGUGUUACUCUUCUUCCUGGGAUUUUUUAAUUCUGGGUAAGCAAAGAGAUUUAUUACUAAAGCUAAAUAUGUCUUCCUUUUCCUUAUAUUUUGGUGUAAUAAAAAGAUUUUCUGCCUUUGUUCCCUGGCUUGGAGAUAGCUGGAUAUGAAUACUUGCCUGCAGUCAUUCUGUGUAUGAAAUGUUUUAUAACUAAGCAUGUUGCAAUUUUGAGUGGAGUUUUACCUUCAGUAGUUACUGUGCUUAGGAUAUACUACUAGCCUAAAUAUUACCAUUCUAUGUGCACUAAGAUCUACUCUACUCUGGAAUGGUACAUGGCCACAUAAGGGCUGCAUUUCAACCAAGUCUAAUUUACUAACUGCAUGGAGUUUCUGCAUAUCUUUUGUAUGGCAAACAACUAUUUACUUCCUCUGUGUUAGACCACAAAACAGAAAACUUAUUGAAACAAAUUUUAUUCUUCGAAAUUUCACAGAAGAGUAUUAGUCUUGAUUUAAUUAAAACUCUAAAUAGUAGAACUGAUUUAUUUAGGAUAUAUUGAUAUAUAUAAAUGCAUCUCCUCCCACUUCCCAAUUAUCAUGUUAAUGGUAAAUUUCAGAAAUCCUAAGUAUUGUAAUAUAUUACUUUAAAUUACUUUAAAUUGUUUCAAAUGCUGAACAAACUAGUCUUUGUUUUUAAGAAUGAUAAUUGGGACUGGAAACUCUGUAGUUAAUCAGCUUGAUCGAAAAACCAUUUGACUACACCAACUAAUGAUAGUGACUACAUGGGUCAUAAAGUGAAGGCCUUGUGAUUGCAUUUGAUGCCAGUUCCCCACUGACAUUGCUUGGUGGAACCUGACAGGAAAGGUCACAAAUCACAAUCAUAUGAUUGUAGAGAUACUGUCAUGGGUAUAAAUAGGAUCAAUGUAAUUACCACUUGUUUAGCGCUGUUUUAAAUUUGAAUGGUUGCCAAAUGAGUGAUUGUUAAAUGAAGACCACCUAUACAGAAAAAAGUAGUCUGCCAAUCUCCUUCCAUUGUGUCUUAAUUGAUUUUACUCAGAAUUUGGGUGGAUCCAAUAAUGACUGAAUAUUAAUUUCUAGGGGGAAAAACCCAUCAUUAAUCUUAAUGCAAUAAAAUACAUUGAGAAUAGUAUUUAUCAUCUUACAUUAAGAAAUUUCAGUCAGUACUAACAGUGUCAAUUCCUAAACCAUCUCUUGUUUCUGCAUUGCACUUGUUAAUUAGGAAUUCAAUUCUGUUCCCAACUUUUUCUCUUUGAAUCACUUAUUUAAGUGGCAUUCUUUCCUUCCAAAUAGAAUUCUAUUUUAUUUUCUCUUUGAGUAUGGAAAUAGCUUAAACCUGCAAACUUAAGGACAUUUAAGAGCAGAAAUCUAAUUUGUGGCUGAAAAAGGAAAACUGAAGCAAUACAUCUAUUAGAUCUUGUUUAUGCAAGCAAUUAUACUUUCUCAUCAUGUAGACCUAUCCAUAUGCUUAGCAAUAAUACUGCUAAAUGAAAUUUUUAAAGCUUACUUAUCUGAAUUGCAAGUUUUCAGUUCCAUGUAUCCUAACUCUACCAAGGCCAAAGUAUUUUUUUCUAUAUAUUUCAACAACUGUGAGACUUUUACAUGCACAAAUGAAAUAUAGAACAUAGAAUAGGGUUGGAAAGGGAAUUCAGAGUUUUCUGGUGAAAGCCCCUGUUUGAGUCUAUGUUUGAAGACCUCCAGGGAUGGAACACCAACAACUUCUGGAGGCGAGGUAUUCCAUUAAUUGUUCUCAUUGUCAGAAAAUUUCUCCUUAAUUCUAGAUUAGAUCUUUCUUUAAUAAUCUUCCAUCUGACAUUUCUUGUCCUAUCCUCAGAUGCUUUGGAGAUUAUGUCAAUUCCCUCUUUUCUGUGACAGCUCCUCAAAUAUUAUAAGUCUGAUGUCAUGUUAUCCCUAGUCCUUCUUUUUGUUAGGCUAGACACACCUAGUUCCCACAACUGUUCAUUGUACAAUUUAUCCUGUAGACCCUUUAUCAUGUCUGUUGUUGUCUGCACUGUCUCUAGAGUCUCAAUAUCUUUAUACCAUGGUGAUCAGAACUGGAAGCUGUAUUUCAAGUAUGUGUUAUAUCAUUUCACGUGAUCUUGAGACAAUCCCUCUGUUGAUGCAAUCUUGAAUUGCAUUUUGUUAGAUAAGACCCAGCAUUCAUGUCUGUCAAGAUCCUUCUGUCCCUGGGGUCUGCCUUCCAAAGCAUUGGCUAUUCCCUCCCUGCUUGAUAUAGUCUGCAAAUUUGAUGAAUUAUCUUCUAUCCCUUUAUCUAAAUAUUUUACGAAGAUGUUGAAGUCUAAGACAGAAUUUUUGCAUUGACUGAUGGAUGCAUUCUAAUGUAUCUAGGAUAGUAUAUAUAAUUUAAAGCCCAGAAUGACUUGGUGUUCAGAAUCUUAUUCUAUUUAAGAUUCUUGUUUCAGCUCAAGAUCACAGGCUUGAAAGGAAAGCAUCAUUUGUUUUUCACACAAGAAAGAUAAAAAGUUUGUUAAACAUUCUGUUUCAGGAUACAAAUCUUCCCCUUGAGAAACAUUAUGCAUCAAGUAUUUGGUAGAUAGUCAAUUAUUUCUUGGGAGAAAAAUUGUUCACCUUAAUUUUUUUUAAUGUAGACAAAUGCAACAACUAUACAGGUAGUCCUCAACUUACGACCACAAUUGAACCCAAAAAUUAUGUUUUUAAGUGACACAUUUGUUGACUUUUGCCCCAUUUUAUGACCUUUGCCACUGCAAAUGAUAAGUUAGUAACUCAGUUGUUAAGUGAAUCAUAUUGCCUUGAGACGCUGCAACAGUCAUAAGUCUGAACCAGUUGCCAAACAUCUGAAUGAUCACAUGAUCAAGGGGAUACUACAAGAGUUGUAACUAUGAAGAAUGGUCAUGUCACUUUUUUCAGUGCCUGUAAGAUAUGUCUCAACUAGGUCCCUAGGAAAGAAAGAUCCUCAACUCCUUUUGGUUGAAGUGAUUAAGAGUUAGUAGUUUCAGCAAAAGCAAGGCUAGAAAUGAAAUUCUCAUGCAAAGCAUUACAGUAUUUCCCCUUCUUACCAUCCCUCCCCCCUUGACCUGUCUUUAUCAAAUGGUGCCACGUGAUGCAGUUCACAUUCUUUUCUCAGGCUCCACUCCAAUUGUAAUAGACCAAUUCUCACACCUCUAUUUUCCAUCAAGCCUAUCACUCCUUCCCCUUUGCUCAUCUCUACCCUCUACAUGCCAAUUGCCUACUUCUUUCUCCUCCCACUCCCCUCCCACCGCCCUGACAAUUUAUGACAGGUUGUCAGCAAAGCGCUAAACUGAAGAUAGCAGAUCUGACAGUGCCAUCGUAACUUUGAGCAGUCAUUAAAUGAACUGUUGUAAGUCAAGAACUACCUGUAUAUGGAUUUUUUAAAACAGUGAUUACAGGUUUUUCACCAGCAAACAACUGAAGAGAGCACUUUGAAUGAACAACACUACAAAUUGUAUACAUUUGGUUUGUUAUAUAAAAAAAAUGGAUAAAAGGGACAUUGUAAAUAAAAUGCAACCCUUAUUCUAGAACGCCUUUGGCAGAUAAACUAUUGGGACGAUGCCCGUGUUAUUCUUCACAUUACCAAAAUCUAAGGCUUGUAGAUAUACAGCAUGUACUGUAAUAAAAGACAAUUUAAACAUUUCCAAGAAUGAUAGUAUUAUGAAUUUCAAAUGUUAUUUGUCUAGAAUUCCUGGGUAAUACAGAUCAAAAGUGGCAAAGAAUCAUCGCUACUUUUAGAAUUUAUAUCCUACAUUUCUCCAGAAAUUCAAGGUUGUAUAUUUAGCACUUCAUUCUCCAAUUUUUCCCCAAUCAACAAACUUCUGAGUUAGAUUGAACUGAGAGAGAUUAACACAACUCAGGGUGGUGGCAAGACUGACUCAAAAUUUCACGUAUUUUCCACUUUGCUCGCAGCUUGUCAAAGAAUAGGAUGGUGGUAAACUAGAAUGCAAGGGUUGGGGGAAUGGCAUCCAAGCAUCCUCUGUUCCCAUGAGACAUUGCUCUCCCCCCCCAAGGGCGCCCAGAGAGAUGCCACAGUGUGGCUGGUGGUUCUUAUAACAAAAGGAAUAGAAGUGAUUGGUGGACAUAAUGGAUUGUGGGUGCCCCAUUACUGGGAAUGAAUUAUGCAUAUUUUGUGCGGGAAGCCAGAACUGGUUUCACUUCUCUGCCAAUGUGGAUUUAUUCAUUAAAGUUUAUAUUCUUGUUAAAAUAAUGUCCCACUAGUUUCUUUUUCUGGAUUCAUCAAGUGGGCAGUUGACAGGUAGACUGUACCUAGAUCUCCCCAGUCAUUGUCCAUCAUCUUAAUUACUGCCUCCAUUUGACUGAUGAUGAUAAGGUACAGAAAUGAGAUGUUCUACAUAAUGUGCAGCCCAAAGGAUUUCUAUUAGCGCAGACAUGAAAUGUAUGGCAAGUCUGUAAUGAUCUCAAGAGGUUAACCUACCUGAGCAAAAAUGCCUAUCUAGGCCUGACUGAGGGUUUUAGGAUCGAGAUAGAUCUACUGCUUCUGGCCCCCUAGUGGCAUUAUACCUGGAAUUUUAGGCUUCAUUAUUAGCUCUUUAAUAAAUAUGGCAUUUGUUUUUAUUUUUUUAACAAACUCGGAGAUAUUAACUCAGAGAGACCCUUAGAAAAAUUCCAUGGAUAAAAGUUCUAAAGCAGAAAACAAAUCAAGAAACAUGACAAACUCUGAAAAAUAUGAUCAUAAAAACCCAAUCCAACACAAUACAUCUGAAAAAGAAAAAAAAAUCCAAGAAGAAACCAGCAUGCAUCUCUGAUAAACUGAAAGACAAAAAGGAUAAGUACAAAAACUGGAAAGGGGGACACAUACCUAAGGCAGAAUAUCAGCAGAUAGCUGAAUUUGCAAAGAUGAAGUCAGGAAAGCAAGGCUCAGAAUGCAACAAAAGCUCAGACUUGCAAUAAAAGUCAAAAUAUUUUUUUAAAAGAAUGUUUCAACAUAUAAAUAACAAGAAAAAA